UUCCCAGCCUGAGUCCGCACUGAUGUGGCCGGAGUGGGGACCCUGCACCCUGCCCCGGGAAUUCAAAGAAAGCCGGCUCCAACCCGGCUCCAACCCGGCUCCAACCCGCGGGGCAGCUGCUUCUGAGCAGGUCGGGGAUGCGCUGGCCACGGGGACCCUCACUGGCCCUGCAGGGUCGUGUGCACGCCCAGAGCACUUUGGCACCAGGUUUGGGGACCACUCCAGGCCAGUGUGGCUGGACGGCCAGGCCUGGGAAGUGGCGUUGCCGCAGCUGAAGCAGCAGCGGGACAAGCUGAGGCAGUACCAGAAGAGGGUCGCGCAGCAGCUGGAGCGCGAGCGGGCGCUGGCCCGGCAGCUGCUGAGAGACGGCAGGAAGGAGCGGGCCAAGCUACUGCUCAAGAAGAAACGGUACCGGGAGCAGCUCCUGGACAAGACGGAGAGCCAGAUCAGCAGCCUGGAGACCAUGGUGCAGAGUAUCGAGUUCACGCAGAUCGAGAUGAAGGUGAUAGAGGGGCUGCAGAUCGGGAACGAGUGUCUGAGCAAAAUGCAUCAGGUGAUGUCCAUCGAGGAGGUGGAGCAGAUCCUGGAUGAGACGCAGGAGGCCGUGGAGUACCAGCGGCAAAUCGAUGAGCUGUUGGCGGGCGGCUUCACCCAGGAGGACGAGUACGCUGUCCUGGAGGAGCUGCACGCCAUCACCCAGGAACACCUCGAGCUCCCGGAGGUCCCUUCAGAGCCGCUUCCCGAGCACCCAGAGAAAGCCGCCAGCAAGGCUCGGCCCCGGCAGGUGGACCUGGUGGCCGCUUCAUAGCUCUGCCUCGUGCGUGGCUUGUGGGGGCUCCCCGAGGACCAGGCCAC